UGAUUGUAACGAUAUGAAUGGUGGCAGCUCGAGUAAACUCCAAUGUAUCUUAAUCUGCAAUUUCAUCAUAAAUUUCAGUUUUUUUGUAAUCUGCACAAUUCAUCAAAGAAGUCCACAACUAUACAGUGAUGUCUUAGAGCAUACCAAUGAUUUAAAUGAACAUUCUGGAACUACAAGCAAAGUUAGACAUUCAAAUGGCAUCAAGCCAUUUACAGAGGAACAAAGAUAUACUGAGAUAGAUGGACUAGAUAUAUUACAGCCUUACAAAUACCACCAUGGUCCUAGACAUCGAACACAUCGCCAAGUAAGAGAGUGCCAAGAUAUUAAGUAUGGAAAUGUUACUCAUUCCAAAAUUCUGUCUCAUGGAUUUAACAAAAACCUAAGUCUUCCAAUUGCUGAAACGAGACAUUUGAUACAUGUAAUAAGACAAUCUUAUUAUGUACGGCGAGAUGUACUAAUGCACUUUUCUGUGAUAAACAAUCCAUUCCAAACUGUGUCUGUCCUUGAGCCAAAGAUGGAGCAUGGCUGUAAAGAGGGGGAGGGGGUACGAGCCUCUGUACUGGAGUCAGCUAAGCAGGAGGACUGCAUUGUGGCAAUAAAUGCUGGCUUCUUCAACACCACCAGUGGAGCAUGCUUAGGAAAUGUUGUCAGUAAUGGGAGAAUAGUACAAGACUCUGGGGGAAUUCAGAAUGCUCACUUUGGAAUAACAAAGAAUGGAUAUCUUUACGUAGGAUAUCUGUCGGAGAUUGAUUUAAUUACUGAGGAUUUUCAACAGUUGGUAGGAGGUGUACUGUGGUUGAUUCGAGAUGGCAAGUCCUACCUGGAUGAAAGCCUUAAAAUUGAAUGUUCUGACACAGAAGAAACAGGCACUUUGGAGCAUUUUGCCUCAGUAAUGUCUGCCAGAACAGUUGUCGGCCAUGACAAAGAAGGAAGAGUUAUAUUUAUGCAAGCAGAUGGAAAAACUGGAGAAAAUGGAUUAGACCUGAGAGAAUUCAUUGAGGUGAUGCUAGAGUAUGGUAUUAUCAAUGCAAUCAACUUGGAUGGAGGAGGGUCUGCAACAUACACUGUGAAUGGGACUCUUGUAAACUAUCCGUCAGACCAGUGCACAGAGGACAAGAAAUUCAACUGUGCUAGAAAUGUGUCCACUGUUCUUUGUGCUCAUCUACCAAGAUGUCCAGAGGUCAACUGUUCAGGUCAUGGAGCAUGUGUACUAGGGACCUGUCUUUGUGAUAAAUACUGGACAGGAAGUAAAUGUGAUCAGCUGUUUUGUUUAGUAAACUGUAGUGGGCAUGGAAAAUGCACACAAGAUGGCUGUUCCUGCAGUGCAGGUUGGCAUGGUGAUACAUGUAACAGCACAUGCCCACAUGGGCAAUAUGGGGUUGGUUGUGAGUUCAGGUGUACCUGCCUGAAUGGUGGUGAUUGUGACAGAGUGAGUGGAGCCUGCCACUGUCAGUCCGGUUACACAGGGACUUUCUGUCAGGACUUGUGUCCAUAUGGUUACCAUGGCAACUCUUGUAAGGCCCAAUGUCUCUGUGACGAUGGCUGUCCUUGUCAUCCAACCACAGGAAGCUGUAACUUCUCUGAUUUAAACUCCGACAUUCAAAGAGCUUGUGUGUGUUUUUCUCAGAAGAAAAUCAAAGCAGAGCAUCUAGUCCCAGACCAGUCCAGUGUCUACAGAUCCUGUCUAUUAGCUUUAAUUAUAAUCAGCAUCUUGGCAAUUCUCAGUUUGAUGGUGAACAUAGUUUUAGCAUACAAAGUAUACACAAAGAAAAAGCACAAAAGUCCACGACAUAAGAAGGCAGUUUUAACAAACUCCAAACAGCUGUACAGGUUUCCAAGCUCGGACACGGACGGAGAUCUCUCCUCCUUUAGUGAUUGUCCCAUGGAGCAAACCAGCUUUAUCAGGAAACAAAAAGGAUACUCAUGAAGAACAUAACAAUAAUUUAUAUACGUCUUCCAUGAAAAUAUUUUGGAGCAAACCAGCUCGGUCAAAAAACUGUACAAGUACUUUAGCAUCUUCAAAGGUUAGGAUAAAGGCAAUACAUUGUAUAUCAUAAUCAUUGAAUUUUUUUUUUCAAGUAAAAAUCAAUACAUGUAUAUAAAUAACAUUUAGGAAUUACAGAACAACUGAUGAACUAUACAGUAGAUUAUGAAUGAGUGGUGUUAUUAUAAUGAUUACAUAGAUGCAUUUUUUUUUCAUUUUCAACAUGAAACAUACUGUUAAGCAUAUAUUGAUAGGAAAAAAUCGAAUUUUUAGACUUUGACACGAAAUCAUUUGAUGGCUGGCUCUUUGAGCAAAUAUGGGACCAAAACAGGGAUCAAAGUUUUAGAAGGAAAAAAAACCAAAAAACAAAAUCACAGGAGGGACACAGAAAUAUUUAUUUGCAAUAUUUCAUAUGUAGUGUAGAUUCAUUUUUUUUAAUUAUUUUUUUUAGAAGUCGUGGCCCUUAUAGGAUUAUUGUGAGGACACAAUAGGAAUUGAAGUUGAAAUAUUACAUAGUAAUAUGCAAGAAAAAUUCUUCCCCUUAAGAGUAUUUUGCAUUCCCAUGUUAUGUAGAUUUCUUCUGUUCUGUGCCCUGGAACCAGGAAGGGGACACAACAGAAUUAAGAACAAAGUUUUCCACUAAUUAAAAUGCAUGUGUUCACAUGAACACAAAUUACAAUUAGUAAACUUGACAUGAAGCAUCAAUAUACUGUAAAAAACCAUUGUUGAAAUUAGUGGAUUUAUUUUCGUCUGGAAGAGAUUGUAAUCACAGGUGAGUGUUGUGGUCCAUGGACCUCUUUUUUUCUGGAACUCUGUAAGGUUAUUUUUUGCAGCACUAUAACUCUUUUUUAUAGCCUUUUUUUUAAGGUCACCUGAGUCACUCAGGUGACCUAUUGCUAUCACUUUUCAUCCGUCGUCGUCCGUCGUUCGUCGGUCAUAAACUUUUGAACAUUUUCAGCUUCUUCUCUGGAACCAGCAAACCAAUUUCAACCAAUUUUGGCAUAUAGCAUCUAUGGGUGAAGGGGAACAAAAAUUGUGAAAUUCGUGGCCCCUGCCCCCCUGGGGCCUGAGGGGUGGGGCCAAAACCAUCAAAAUUAAUGCAAUCUUUAAAAAUCUUCUUCUUUACUCCUGGACAUCAAGCAGUCAAACUGUUGGCAUGAUUGUAAUAAGCAUUGAGCCCUCCACCAAAAUUGUGAAAUUCAUGGCCCCAGGGUCAGGGGUUCUGGUGCUAGGGCGGGGCUAUACAGAUCAUAUAGUGAAAGUGCAUUAUUUCUUUGAAAAUCUUCUUCUCUACUCCUGGGUAUUAUUUAAACAAAUUGAAUACAUAGUUAUGAUAAGCUAGAGUGACUCUACCAAAAUUGUGAAAUUCAUGACCCCAGGGUCAGGGGUUCUGGUGCUAGGGCGGAGUAUAUAGAUCAUAUAGUGAAAGUGCAUUAUUUCUUUGAAAAUCUUCUUCUCUACUUCUGGGUAUUAUUUAAACAAAUUGAAUACAUAGUUAUGAUGAGCAAGAGUGACUCUACCAAAAUUGUGAAAUUCAUAGCCCCAGGGUCAGGGGUUCUGGUGCUAGGGCGGGGCUAUAUAAAUCAUGUAGUGAAAGUGCAUUAUUUCUUUGAAAAUCUUCUUCUCUACUCCUGGGUAUUAUUGAAACAAAUUGAAUAUAUAGUUAUGAUAAGCAAGAGUGACUCUACCAAAAUUGUGAAAUUCAUGACCCUAGGGUCAGGGGUUCUGGUGCUAGGGCGGGGUAUAUAGAUCAUAUAGUGAAAGUGCAUUAUUUCUUUGAAAAUCUUCUUCUCUACUCCUGGGUAUUAUUUAAACAAAUUGAAUACAUAGUUAUGAUGAGCAAGAGUGACUCUACCAAAAUUGUGAAAUUCAUAGCCCAAGGGUCAGGGGUUCUGGUGCUAGGGCGGGGCUACAUGUAUAUAGAUCAUAUAGUGAAAGUGCAUUAACUCUUUUAAAAUCUUCUUCUCUGCUCCUGGGUAUUAAAUAAACUAACCAAGUAUAUAGUUAUGAUAAGCAAGAGUGCCUCUUCCAAAAUUGUGAAUUUCAUGGCCCCAGGGUCAGGGGUUCUGGUGUUAGGGCGGGGCUCUAUUGAUUAUAUAGUGAAAAUGCAUUUAUUCUUUGGUAUUCCUGGGUAUUAUUUAAACAAAUUAAAUACAUAGUUAAGAGUGACUCUACCAAAAUUGUGAAAUUCAUAGUCCCAGGGUCAGGGGUUCUGAUGCUAGGGUGGGGCUAUAUAGAUCAUAUAGUGAAAGUGCAUUAUUUCUUUGAAAAUCUUCUUCUCUACUCCUGGGUAUUAUUUAAACAAAUGCAUAGUUAUGAUAAGCAAGGAUGCCUAUUCCAAAAUUGUGAAUUUCAUGAUCCCUGGAUCAGAGGUUCUGAAGUUAGGGCGGGGCUCUAUUUAUUAUAGAGUGAAAAUGCAUUAAUGCUUUAAAAAUCUUCUCUGCACCUGGGCAUAUCAGAGGAAAAAAGAGUAAAAGAAGUUUUAAUAAGGAAGGGUAUUUUUACCAGAUUUUUGAACAUCAGGACCAUUUGGUCAUUGACAAGUGUUCUGGUCCAGGCCAGGCCUCUAUUAAUUUGUAUUCUACUGAGAGGAGUUAUUCCCCUUUGCCAUUUACUUGUGAUAAUUAAUCACUGUAAAUAAUGUACUUGAAAGGUUAAUAGAAUAAGAGAAUUAUGCAAGAAUUUUUAUUGUAUAAUACAAAAAGUACUUUCAUAAUUUUAAUGAUCAGGUAGACUUGUAAAUAAUAGAUAAAUAAAAAUGAGACAAAAAUAACUUGUCUUAAUAAAUGAUCAUCAAAGACCAAGAAAGGCCAAUGUAAGAGAUUUCAACAAGGAAUUAAAAGAGUACAGAAGCACUGAUAGUUUGUUUAAGAGUGAUUAAAUGGGGAACAGAUUAGAACCUAAUUUAUGAACUGUUAAUGAAUACUAGACUAGUAAUAUUAUUGAUCCUGAUCACCCUAUUUUUCUUGCUUUUGGGAAACAAAGCUUCACCUUUCAGUUCAUUUUAUACUCUAUGGAUCCUCUAAAUUGUUGUAUUAUACUCAGGUGACCGUUAAGGCCCUUGGGCCUCUUGUUUUAGAUACAUGUAUGUUCAAUGAUAUUUCUACAUGGUGUGAUAUUACAGUGAUUAUUCUGUUAUAAUUUUUAAUCCUUAUUACAAAAGUUGUCUUCCACUGUUAACAGUGAAUUUCUUUUUUCUGAGACACUCAGGAAACCUGUGUGUGAUGAGAUAGGACAGGAGGUUAAGAAUGCUGUUUUGCCAACUGUAAAAAAGUUUUUAUUCAACACUUAUGUAUUUUAUUUUAUAAACAUGGUAAUUUGUAUUACUUUGUGUCCUUCUUGUCUGCUUUUGUUCCAUUACAGUUCAUUAUGAUUUCCUUUAACUGUAUUAAUUUUUGGUGUAUGGAUAUGAGUAUUAAAUAAAUGUUUGGUGUGAGGAUGAUUCUUUUAUUGUCCAUAGGAAAGGGAAUCUGAUUACAUGAACUUGAUUUUACUUUGUUGUACUGCUUAAAGCUGAACACGCUUCGUAAAAAGAAUCUGUCCGCCAUAUUCGAUAGGACUUUCGCUAUAUCUGAGAGCCCCUAUAUAUAGAGCCGCUCACUUGGUCACUGUUUAGUGUAAUCAAUUGUCACCGGUGUAGACGGACAUAUGUUAUACAGCACUUAGUAGCGACGAAAAUAACUGUGUGCAUAGCGACGAAAAUAACUGUGUGCUUCUUCUAAUGCAGGAGAGUAAGAUACCAAAGAGAUUUACAACAGUUGCACGGGUCAGUGCAGUAUACAAACAAACACAAAUAUACGUAACUGCAAUAUAACUGCAAUAAAAUGUAAACAAAAGUAAUGCAAGAUAACCAGCACGAACACGGGUCGCCAUUCCACGUCGAUACCCGUGAUAAUAAAGCAGUCAGGAGUAUACCUUGGUGCUGUUAUCUUAGAUAGUAAUAUCGUAAAUGGCGUAUGCUUAUUUACGAGUCGUGUUCAGCUUUAAGGUUAAUAACUUAUGGAGUAAUCAGUGAUUUACAUGUAUAUAUUUGUACGUUUAUUAUCCUGUGCUUCCUUUAUUGACUGCUCAAUAUCAUGGUUUUUAGGUGACUUUUUAAACUUGUGAAUUUUUGGUAUGAUGGAAUGUUAUUUUAGUCUUAAAUAGAUGCAGUAAGUUAACAACUUUGCAAGUAACCCUAUAUGGUUUAUUUGACUUUUUUUCUUUAUCAUUACUAAACAUUGGGCAGACAAAAGAUUUACUAAUUUGGGUUACCUCCAUAUGCAUAUAUUUCCAUUUCUAUUUGUUUUCUCUGUGAUAACUCUGAAAGUUAGUUGAGUUGAUUUCUUGAUCAUUCUACCGUAAUGUAAAUUUCGCCAAGCGAAAGGUCAGGAGCUAAGAAGGCCUAAUAUGCAUGUAAUUCUUGUGCGGCUGUCUUUGUGUUUGACAUCAGUGGGCGGGAACUAUUGAAAUUGACAUGUGAGGCCUCAUGUAAUUUAAAUCUAUUAGUCUACAUUUUUAAAGUCUAAAUUUACAAUUUUAUUUCACAAUGAAAUGGAAAUAUAAGGAAUCAGUGUCUAGUUAGUGGUGUAUGCCAGGGACAUCAAGGAUAGUUGGAAACGUGGAAUAAUUUGCAUAACGGGCAAAGCCCGUUAUGCAUAAAUUAUCCCACGUUUAUAACUAUCGUUGAUGCCCUGGCAUAUUCUACUAACUAGACAGUGAUUCCUUAAGUAACUGCUUGUCUCUCAUGACAAUAUUUCUACAUGUGUAGUCCAAUGCUGAGUUUUUUCAUUCAUGUUUUUUUUUUAAGUUUUGCCUGUACUUAUGAGGGUACCCGGUAUUUAUGCAGAUGUUUUAAGGUUUGAACAAAUAGUUAAGUUUUUUUGUUUUGAUGAAAGAAAAAAAUUAUGUUUUGUUAAAUUGUCUGUUAUCUAGCUGUCUAUCGAUCUGUGUUGCCUAGUAAACAAUUCUUUCAAAUCCGUA